AUGAGUCCAACGAUCAGAUUGCUCGGAACUGAACCAUCUUGUAUGCUGUCCAGAACGGUAUCCAAGCGCCUUGCGCGUCGAAAUGUCAGAUACAUACUGUUGCUUGUCGUUCUAACCGGUGUCCUGUCAGGUUUUCUCUUCCUGCGUAGCACUUUCUCCACGUACUAUGCGGGUGAAAAACUGAGACAGUGUGAAGAACGGCUUGCGAAAGGAGAGGCUCUUCUGCUACAGCGGCGUGUAUCAAAUAUGGACGAAAAUACAGAACAGCCUCCUAGAAGGGUUGCGGCUAAACACUUCUUGCGAUCUGUGCUUGUUUUCGAUGCCGUGGAGCACUUCAGCUCGGUCAUCAAUACAAAUGCUCCAGGACGAGCAACGUUCCUGGGAACUAGUUCCCGAGGACGAGGUAGACCAGGAUGGGCAUAUGAACCACGUCCCUUACUUCUGAACUUGUCCAAUGGCGCCUGGUAUUUGCCUUUGGACGGGGAACCGCCAUCGAUUCCGGCAGUAUUGUUAUGGUUAGACAGAUCCAGGAAUGAGCGAAGGCUGCUCGUAUGGACGAGCACAACCGCGGGGAUUGCGUAUAACCCUCCUCGUGAGUGCGCGGAAGCUGGAUCCACCUGCCAACUGGAACUCAUCACAUCGAGUACAACCCUUGCGGGUUCCUGUAAUGUUGAGAAGCGCAAUCUGAGCCUUUUUCUGAGCGCAAAUGGAGCAGCAGGCACCUCAUGCCUAGCAGAGGUUCGAAUGCAGGUUACACUUACAAGCACAAACGCGCAAGAAUGGGAACCAGAACCGUCUCUACAGACGCUCGCAAUCGUGCGCCCGUUCACGGAGGACCAGAUACCUAAGCUCAUGCGAUCUCUGGAUCAAUGGAAUGAUCCAUGGCGCUUCCCGUGCGAACGAAGCGGAGACUUUGACCGCCCGGACCUCGUAUUCUACGCAAACAAUGAACAAGCUCUCGUGUCGGCUCGAGCCGUUUUUCAGCGCAAUCAUUCAUGGUCUUCCUGUUUCCAACGGGUGCGCUGGAUUGAAGCCAAUGUUGAACCAACCGUCGACGUUCAUCCAGAUGGCACCUGCUUCCAGUUCUACAGCAUCUUCGAUGAUCCGCGAUUCCGGAACUACUAUCAGUAUUUCUUUCUGAUGGAGCCUGACGUCCACCCGAUACGGGCUUUUUGGUUGGACUCGAUUCAGAGACAAAUCAAACUCAGUGCACCUCAGGCCACGUUCUGGAUACGCGGCUCCACAUCAAAGUGUGCCGGUUGGUACGCAGCGAACGACUUUCAUAUUAACGGAAAUGCCCUAUACAACCUCUCAUCCCGACAGUUUCGCGAUUAUCUGAUACGUGUGCAACGCGCGUUUCAGCCGCGAGGCCACGUUCGCCACGCUCCGGGCUGCUCUGGCGGCUAUGGUGGAUUCGAUCAUUCUAUCUUCCAUUAUGCCGUAGAAAUAGCUUCGAAAAAUUCGCACAAGUGGAAAAUGUAUCAAAAGCUGUGUUUCGACGAUCGGAAAUCACCUGUUUGGAAUUUCUGCAAACACAGAUUUCUGCCUUGGCGAGUAUACACGGAGAGUAACGGAAGUGCGUCCCUCGUACACAGCAGCUGGGGUAAUAACGUAGAUUUUUGGGACCCAGCAGUUCACGGCAUCAAACGGCUUGAAACUAGUAUGCUUGAAAUGAUCCGCCUUUGGGAACAGGAUCCUUUUCCACUACAUCCUCGUUUUCGUGCUUUUGCGCUGCUACACUGUCGCAAAAGGCAGCUUUUUUAA